AUGGAUAGCGUCUUCUCCUUCUCCGAAGCCCAAAGACUUGAAUUCCUCCGAUCAGUACGUCACACUUUUGGCUGCGCUUAUAUCUGCCUCUGGUCCUACAGUUCCUCAUCCAAUCGGUUGCUCUUCUUGGAUGGUUUGUACGACGUCGCACCGAAUCACCAAGCCGUCUCUUCUUCUCUGGGUUUGGCGAGUGUGGAUCAGGGGCUUUUUGAUCAAUAUAGGGGUUUCGAAUUUGAUGUCACUGCUUCUGAUAAUGGCGUUCCCGGACUCGCUUUCCGUAACCACCAGUACACCUGCCUAGAGCUGCAACAAUCCGAUCUCCUGAGACUGGCGCGGACAGAUGUACAAAGAAGGUUCUUUCAGGAAGCAAGGAUUAAGACAGCUGUUUUCAUAGGUUGUGGAAAUGGGGAAAUUGAGCUUGGUUUCUCAUCAGUUGUCUCUGAUCAAGGUGGUAAGAUUCAAACAGAUAUGAGGAACUUGUUUCCAGAAGAAUUUUCUAGACAGUCCCAUCCAGCUGAACUGAGGAUUAUUAAUCCACCUUCUUCAUCUUCUUCAUCUUCCUUGAGAUCAUUUUCCACGGCAAGCGGCCCCGAAAACACAUCCUUCCUAUUCGGUAAUAAUUUUCUGGGCACUCGUCUGUUGCCUGAAAUGCUGCAGCAGCAAGAGAAUGAACACGACUCGAUAGUUAGAGCAAUUCUUCAUGUUAUAUCUUCGCCUUCUUCUUCUUCUAAUGAUUUAGCCUUUCAUCAUCAGCAAAAUCUGCCUGAUACACCUCCAGAACUAGAAGGAACUUGUGCUUUUACGAGUUACAGGCCUUCAGAAAUGGAUUGUUCCAAAUCCAAUUUGGGCAGGCAGCAAAGUUUGCUCAAGAGAUCAUUUGAAUUGUUCAGAGGCUUACAUUACAUGAAGAUGAGAGAGCGUUAUCAAGCAAGUCGUCCCACUAGUACCCAGCUCCUUCAUAUGAUAUCAGAACGAAGAAGACGUGAGAAACUCAGUCAGAAUUUUCAGGCACUUUGGUCACUACUCCCUCCAGGAACCAAGAAAGACAAAGCUUCAAUACUUACAGCAGCAAAGGAGACAUUGAACUCUUUGAUGGCUGAGAUUGAAAAGAUGACCAAAGGAGAUCAGCAAGUUGAGGCACAAAUGAAAGCAAAGCAAUUAUUAAAAGGUCAAGAAACGAAUACCAGUCCCUCUGUUGAAAGAUUGAUUGUGCGAGUUUCUGAUGUACCGAGAUCGAGCUUAUCAGAGGAAAGAUUCAUCGACCUGCAAGUGACUGUGAGAGGACAACGCAAUUCUCAGGUCGAUAUAUUGAUUCGCCUAUUGGAAUUCUUGAAAAGUGUUCAGAGAGUGAGUUUAGUUUCUGUGGACGCUAACACACGCAUAGCACAACAAGGAACCGCCAUUAAUGAAGCAACUUUGAGACUGAAGAUAGAGGGGAGCGAAUGGGAUGAGGCUGCCCUUACAGAAGCAGUGAGAAGGAUGGUUGCUGACCUGGCGAACUGACUAGCAAGACCAAUUACCACCUGACAUGUCAUCCCAUCGGUUUUGGUUUUCGCAUAUUUUUGUACACUAAAUUAAUGCUUCCAAGUUUUCAUUUAUAGUA